AUGCUUAUCGGCCUAUGCGGAGGUCAGCAGAAUACCUCCCCCCCCCUCCUCCUCCUCCUCCUCCUCCUCCUCCUCCUCCUCGCGACGACACGUGAAUUAACUAAAAUCUCUGUAGCCAUUUGUGCUGGCAAGCAUGCAAUUGCCGAGUAUUUGAUCGAGCAUGAAGGGUUUCAGCUGCUCGAGCUGGCCACCAAACCCACCCAGCAUAUCACCGAUGAGCCCGAGGACGACCUACGAUUCCAAGCCUCGGAGAUCAGAAAGACCCGAGACCGGAAAGACCGAGAUGCUCAGUCCGACCUAGUAUUCGAUACCUCGGAGGCCAUGUUGGAUUUUGUGACCAAAAGAUGGCAAGAGAAGUGGGUGACCACCGAUAUUGCAGACGUCUUGACCCUCGACCGGUUCCUGCUGCGGCCCUUCUUCCUCUUGGUGAGCGUUGAUGCUCCUGUCAGUCUUCGCUGGAAACGAUUCUCGGACCGGUGCUGGCGAAGACAAUUAGACCCGCCUGAUUUGGAGAAGUUCGUCUUAUGGAACGACCAUCACUUAUAUGAAAAGGACAUUGGGCGAGUCUAUCUCACAGAUAGAGCCCAGUUGCGUCUUUUCAACUCCUCUUCCUCUCUGGAUGUGCUCCACGGCUCUCUUAAAACUCUGGCCCUGGCCGACGAAAAGCGUCUGCGACCAAACUGGGAUCAAUACUUCAUGCAACUUGCGUCCCUUGCCGCGCAAAGAAGCAAUUGCAUGAAACGCCGAGUGGGCUGUGUCCUCGUUCGAGAAUGCCGGGUCAUCAGUACUGGCUAUAAUGGAACGCCUCGACACCUACCCAACUGCAAUGAAGGUGGAUGUCCCCGAUGCAAUCGUGGUGAUGGCGGUGGAGUCUGUCUAUCUACCUGUCUUUGUCUCCAUGCGGAGGAGAAUGCUCUGCUGGAAGCUGGCCGAGAACGUAUCCGCGAAGGUGCAAUUCUCUAUUGUGACACGUGUCCAUGCCUGACGUGUACCGUCAAAAUUACCCAGGUUGGCAUCUCCGAGGUUGUGUACUCGCACGGCUACAACAUGGACACGGAGAGCGCUGCGAUUCUCAAGGCGGCGGGUGUGCGGUUGCGGCAGUUCAGCCCUCCGUCAAAUGGUCUAGUUUACUUGCAGGGCUCUGAGUGA